UGGUGACGUCUUUAUCCCGCGACAGGUAAUGGCGGCCCCCAGGCGCCGCUAGGCCGCGGGAUGUUGGAGAGUCUGAGCCGGGGCUUGGAGCCGCCCGGCCUGCUCCUGAUCGCAGACAGCUUUGAGUGCGAGGGUAGGAGUUUGCUGAAGAGUUUUGUCACCAGCGCAGCUUUGCGGGGUGAAUGCGUCCACGUGUUUACCUUUGAGCUCUCGGACGUGGAGUUCAGCAUUGGACUAGACGAUGGAGUCAGGACAAGGCUGCAGUUUCACGAUGGGUUCAGUGACCCCCUGGACUGGGAGCAGAUGGGGAUGCUCCCCAUCAGGAACCUCAGUGGGCAGGAGCUGGUUGGCCGUGUAGGGGGGGUAGAGGCAGGCCCCUCCCAGCAGCCACGCACCGUGGUGCUGGACUCGCUCAGCUCCCUGUUACACCACAAACCCAUCAGCCACCUCGCUCGGGACCUCCAGGAUUUCCAACAGCGAGCGGCCACAGCAGGGCUGACCGUCAGGAGGCUGGUGGCAUUACUGCACACUGACCUUCACCCACCAGAGGUACUCCAGGCCCUGGGGGUACAACUGGGCACUACUGUCAUCACCGUGACUCCUUCCCCUGAGGGCAGCCGGCUGCCAGGGAGCUCCCUCCCCUCCAACAUGGCCAGCAUCGUGCAGAGGCGGAAAUCGGGAAAGGUGGUGCGGCAGGAGGAAUACUUCACCAUCGAGACAGGAUUCCGCCUGAUAUCCUCAGUGGAGCCCCUGCCGGGGAAGCAGGGUGUAGCAGGGAGUGAUAGUGUGUCGGUGCAGCCUGACCCUGCGGCACACUUGCCGUUUAACCUGCGGCUGACAGAGCAGGAACGUGAGGCACGGGAACAGGUGCCUCUGCCCUAUCACUUCAGCACCGAGAAAAAGAUGUCGCUGUUACAUGGAGGAUCUGGAGACGGGAGGAUUUAUUACCAGCCAGAUGAAUCAGAUGAUGUGGAUGAGGAGGAUCCUGACGAUGAUCUGGAUUUCUAGCAGAGGGGCCGCAUGAGCGGGAGAUCACAGACCUACACACACUGCCGUGUCCCCAAGACUCUGGCUGGGAUACAGUCUCUCUCUCUCACACACACAGACGCACAGACGCACAGACACAGUCUCACUG